GUGGCAGUCUUGCAGUUGGUUAAUUUACGUUGAAAUAAUCAGCCUGUGUUGGUGAUCAUGAUACUCCCUACUUCAACUUGAAUUUCAGGGAAGGAUUUUGGUUGAGGAUGGUUCUACAGCCUUUUACGAACGAGCAGCUGAAUUAUUUUAAAUUUGCCUCGAUGGUACGGAAUGAGUUCGCGAUUGCUUUACGUCAGACAUUCAAAUCUAUGUGGGACAACAUGGUUGGACAUCGUCCCGGAUAUCAACCGUGGGAUGACUCCACGGUGGCAGGAAAUAUGUUUAUCACUGAAGAAGGUGAAAAAACCAAAGUCCCUACACACUUCUCUUACCUAGAAUGGGAUUGCACAGCUCUGUUCCAGGCAACCAUCUAUGCAAGGUCUUUUGCUAUGCCAGAUAGCAAAUGUCAUUACAAGACUCUAAGUGAGCUUUACGUAAGGCGCCAUAAAAUACCUCCUGGAAAGUUCCAUGCGUCUGUUGUGAUUCCAAAUGGAAAUAGUGCCUAAAAAUUCGCUCUUGCGUAUUGAUUAGCUUCGACUAUUAAGAAACUCACUUUGUCCCUCAGACAGGUCAGAGAUUGUUAAACGAACCUUUGACCGAUACGUGCAGCUUGCUAAGGAAGCAUUCAAAGCUCUUGGUGUCAAGACAGAUCCCAUUCACGCCAUCAGUGGAUUGACAGAAUUUAACUUCCCCACCAAAGAGGUUCGCAGAUUGGAAGAAAGUCGUAGACUGGAGACACAGGCAUAUAUCGAGUGUCUCGCGGAAGUGAAUUCAAUUGUAAACGAAUUAAGAGCGCUGGGUAGAAUGCAUUUGAAUGCCAGUGAAGAACAUUUCACUUUGUUGGAGCAAAAAAUUUAUAAAUUGACACUAAAGAUAGAGCAAGACCGCAAAGGUAUAAAUUUAUUUCUCUCAUUUAGCACUGCUGAGUCGCCAAAUAGUUUAAAAUGCAUUGCGGCAUAGCGCCAUUACCUCUGAUUUGAUUGGGAAGAACAUGAGCGACAUGGGUAUCAAACACCCCACUCAGAUAGUUGAGCCUUCGCAGCAGUUCAACGAUACAGCUUCCUUUGUGCGUAAGAAUGCUUUGUACAUGUCUUUAUCAAAAUUUUGUUUUUAUCUUAGAACCAUUCAUUUAAUAACAUAAUUAUGCUGCUGAUGGACAAUAUGAACAGAUUAUAUUAAGUUAAUAAUUUCCAAAUGGAAUCUACUAUAUUCACAUUCUUAUCUUUUUGUUUUUGAAGAUUCAAAGCCAUUUCUUCCACAAUCAAAUCUUCCUUUGCUAGUGUUACACUUCAGUGGCGAUCAGAGAGAAUGUGAAGACAUCAGCAGCGUCCUGACUUCCAAAGAUACCAAGAUCGUGUCGAUGUUGGGCUCGCCUGGGUUUGGUAAAACUUUUGUAGCAACCACAUUGGAACAUCAACUCCAUUAUAAAGGACUACCCGUGUACUUUUUCUCCAUGCGAGGACUUCAGUCAAGAGCGGAUCUAAAACCAAAGCUUCUUAGCUUUUUCAGGAAACACUCCAGUAGGGAUCAAAUGCCUCAGCAAAUGUCCAAAGACGACGAACUUUUCUAAUUUUUGGAGGAAAUUGCUGAUGAAUUUUUGAUGAUUCUCGACAAUGCCGAUGACUUGCUAGAAAAUGGAGAACCGAACGUGAGGGAGGAUUUCAUAAAUUUCCUUGAAGUCAUUCUCAGUCAAGUCAAAAAAUGUAUCGUUUCUUAUUACGACAAGGGAAUCUCUUGAAUUUAUGAAUUUGCGUUUUCAAGGCCAUCGUGCCAUAAGAAUAGGGCCAUUAGUUGAGUCCUUUUCUCAAACUUUAGUCGGCAGAUUACUUCCGAGCGCAAACGCAUCUGACUGCUCGAAAAUUGCAAGACUCUGCGGAAACGUACCUUUGGCCACGAAGCUGUUUUGUUCCUUCAUUUCUGAAAAUAAUGCCCGGCCGAAUCAAUUUCUAAAAGACUUUAAGGAAUCUAUAGCAAGAAACAUUUUCGAGCUGUUAGACAAUCUAGACUAUCCAAGCAAUCUGAGAUUGAAUUGCCUAUUUAAAUCCUCGUUUAAGAGACUCUCUUUACCAGAGAAAGAGGCACUCGUAUCUCUAAGCGCUCUCUCAGGAGAUUUUAACUACUCGGUUGCUGCAGCUGUCAUGGGCGUGAAAACAACUCUUGAGGCCCGAAAAAUCUUGCAUAGGCUUCGGAGAAAAUCUUUCCUCGACUCCAGCUGUAAACCUGACUCAUUUUCCAUGCAUACGUUGCUUCUGUCGUUUGUAAGAGAAAGAGGUGAAGAUGAAAUGAAAGAAACGAUGCUGAACUCCAAAGCACGCCUGUCUGCAUUUUACGUCUCUCUUUUUGAGAAGCUAAAUGAACGGUUUUUGACAGGACAUUCCAUGCAAGCAUUUAUCGAUUUCUACGAAGAGAAGCAGAAUAUCAUUGAGAGUGUUAUGGAGUGCUGUUCCGAUCCUAGGACACGUGACUUUGAAUUUGGUGUCCUGAAAAAAUCAGAACUGUUUCUGGAUUCCCUUUUCUGGUGCGAGGGAAAAAUUAUCGACAUAUUUAUGAUCUCCCAACUGAAGUAGCAUAGACGUUUAGAAAGAACGUGUUCUAAAGCCAGUUACUGGUGUCCUUGGCAUUCGCUGAAGUGACUUGGGGGAAAUGUGGAAGAUCGAUGACGCUGCUCCACGAAGCCGACGAGCUUUCUUUGCUAGAAGAUGAUAAAGGAAAACUCCUAUGUUGGGGAGGCUUCUGUCAGCUGGCUUCAGACAAAAUAGACGACGGAGUUCAGAACUUACAAAAAGCUUAUUGGUUGAUGAGUGACAAUCCCGAACAGCGAAUUCUCAGAGUAACUUCUUUGCAGAUUCUUGUUACUUACUUUGUUUUCAUUGAAAAGAAAGCAAUUGCAUUAGAACUUAACAACAGAGCAUUACAAGAAUACAGAGCAUUAGGAAACACAAGUCUUCUUGUUAUUCCCUCAGUGGAAAACAGACAAUCAAAAGUUAUUGAGGCAAAUAAACCAGAACCAAAUGUUACAACCACUCAACCACUUAGAUUAGAAAUGAUUUGCGUUGUUGGUAAAGCAACAAAACAAUUCUCUGAUGACGAAACAAAGCAAGCAAUGAGCAAUUCUGUGCUGGAGAUGUCAAAUCAAACAGAAGAACAGAUCCUCCCACUCUCAAUUGGUUUGUGGACCUUCCAACGCAACGUCAAUUCGACACUAAAGAAUGUAUUGGAUAAUCCCAAAGAAGCAGCCAAAUUGUGCGGCACAUGGAUCAGUUAUCAUAACAUGACCUUGAAGCAAAGUGGAAAAGCUAACGCAGGAAGUAACACAAAACCUGACAAUAAUCUUGAUUUAACUGUGCAUCGAGAACGAUUUUUAAGAAGCUAUUUAGACCAAGGCUGCGCUUUUCAUCAGAUGAAAAACUACUCUGAAGCCAUGCAGUCCUUUCAACGUGCCCUUGACAUCCGGUUAGACAACUGUUUGGGAAAGAAAAUCCAGACACAGCACUGUUUGGGAAAGAAAAUCCAGACACAGCACUGUUUGGGAAAGAAAAUCCAGACACAGCUCGGAGUUACUUUUUUCUAGGAAAAACAGAGCAUGCCUCAGGUGACUUCUCGUCAGCACUUCAGGCCCAUUGACGUGCUCUUGACAUCGGAGUUAAGCUUUUCGGGGAAGAACACUCAGAAACAGCUGUUAGUUAUUUUGAUCUAGGAGUAACACAACUUGCCUCAAGCGACUUCACGUCAGCACUUAAGUCCAAUCAACGUGCUCUUAACAUAACGGUUAAACUCUUCGGGGAAGAACACCUAGAGAUCGACAGCUCAGAAUUACUUUUCUCUCGGUUCAACACAACAUGUCUCAAGAGACUUUUCGUCAGCACUUCGGUCCUUUCAGCGUGCUCUUGACAUAAGAGUUAAGGUCUUCGGAGAAGAACACCCAGAGACAGCUCAAAAUUAUUUGUCUAUCGGAGCAACACGAUAUGCUUCAGGCGACUUCUCGUCAGCAUUUCAAUCCCAUCAGCGAGCUCUUGACAUCAGAGUUAAGCUUUUUGGGGAAGAUCACGUAGACAAAGCUCAGAGUCACAUUUUUCUCUGAGUAACACGAUAUGCUUUAGGCGACUUCUCGUCAGCACUUCAGUUCCAUCAGCGAACUCUUGACAUCAGAGUUAAUCUCUUUGGGGAAAAACACGUAGACACAGCUCAGAGUUACUUUUAUCUGGGAGAAACACAGCAUGCCUCAGGAGACUUCUCGUCGGCAAUUUAGUCCCAUCAGCGUGCCCUUGACAUCAGAGUUAAGCUUUUCGGGAAAGAACACCGGGACACAGCUCAGAGUUAUUUUUCUCUUGGAGAAACACAACAUGUCUCAGGCGACUUUUCGUCAGCACUUCAGUCUAAACAGUGUGCUCUUGAAAUCCGAGACAAACUCUUGAGGGAAGAACACCCAGACACAGUUCAGAGCUACUAUACUCUUGCAAUAACGCAAUUUGCCACACGAAAAUUCUCAUCAGCACUUAAAUCUUUUUGGCGCUCCUUUCAUAUGCGUUAAACUCUUCGUGAAAAAGUAAGCAGAUACAGAGCUGAGUUACUCUUCCGUCAGAGUAACACAACGGUAUCUAGGUGACUACAUGAAAUGCGCAUUUAUUUGCGCGGCGUUUACUUAACAUUUAAAACUUUUGAAUAUAGAACACCAAGUGAUGGCUUAAACUUUGUAUUUUCUCGCGGUAAAGCAGUGGAGAAUAUACUAAGCAACUGCA